CAGAACGUGCAGAUGAAUAUAUACGGCAAAACAUUCAGUUCGAUUACUUGAGUUUACGUAGUUGUGAAUGGCUCUGAACAACAUGAGGACAUCUGAUUUUCAUGCGUUAUGGCAUAAUCCUUUGAUCAGUGCGCAUUUCUUUCCGCAAAACGAAUUAAUCGCUUUUAUCCGCAGAAAGAAAUAACGAUAUCUGGCAAGUAACUCCCUGUUUUUAUGUAGAUAUUAUGCGCGUGUUCAGUAAACUAUCGGUAUUUCACACAGAUGGCACAUUUAUGGCUGAACUGACAGUUCUUCCGAAAUUUGACAGUCAGCUGAAGUGAAUACAAUAAAGAUGCAUCGCUUUUAGAGGAGGUCCCUGGCUUUCAAAGGAUCGAGGUGAUAUUUGUAAAUUGCUGUCCAGGAGGGUCCAGUGGAGAGGAAAGGUGACACUGACCGGAUGCAUGUAGCAGAGUGUGCCGUGUGGCUUUGACCAUGAGCCGGCUGAUGUUGGGCCGGACGUUGGAGCGGAUCUGCAAGGCUGUGCUGUUGCUCUGCCUGGUGCACUUCCUUAUCAUGAUGAUCCUCUACUUUGAUGUCUACAGCCAGCGCUUUGACAUCUUCAGCCGCUUCAACAAUGGCCGUGGAGCCAACAGCUCACGAGGACCACACCACUACUAUUAUAAUUUCUCCAGGACCAACACUACCUUUGCAAGCUAUUUAGCCACGGCUGACCAUCUCCUGCCCAGUGCCAAGCCAGAGGCAAACCACACACCACCAACCCCUAAGCCAUUACCACCAUGUCCGGAGGUACCUCCUGGUCUGGUGGGGCGUCUCCUCAUCGAAUUCAGCUCUCUGAUAACCCUGGAGCGGGUGCAGAGAGAGAACCCUAAUGUGACAGAGGGGGGCAAAUACACGCCACCAGACUGUCGGCCCAAGCAAAAAGUGGCCAUCAUCAUCCCAUUCAGGCACAGAGACAACCACCUGAAAUACUGGCUACACUACCUGCACCCUAUCCUGCGCAGACAGAAGAUUGACUACGGCAUCUAUAUCAUCAACCAGCUUGGGGAGGAAACCUUCAAUCGGGCCAAGCUUCUUAAUGUUGGAUACACAGAAGCUCUAAAAGAUGCAGAAUAUGACUGCUUCAUUUUCAGUGAUGUGGACCUGAUCCCUAUGGAUGACCGGAACCUCUACCACUGUUAUGACCAGCCACGCCAUUUCGCAAUUGCCAUGGACAAAUUCGGUUUCAGACUACCCUACGCAGGGUACUUUGGAGGGGUUUCUGGCCUUAGCAAAAAACAGUUCCUCAAAAUCAACGGCUUCCCAAACGAGUACUGGGGCUGGGGAGGAGAAGAUGACGAUAUUUACAACAGAAUCACACUAAAUGGGAUGAAAGUGUCUCGGCCCGAUGUGAGAAUCGGCCGCUACAGGAUGAUCAAGCAUGAGAGAGACAAGCACAAUGAACCAAACCCCCAGAGGUUCAGUAAGAUUCAGAACACCAAGAACACAAUGAGGAAAGAUGGAAUCAGCUCGCUGAUGUACAGAGUGGUUUCUGUGAAGAAGUACCCACUCUAUACCAACAUUUCUGUAGAGAUUGGCAAGCCCCCUCCCAGACCCAUCAAGGGAUAGAAAGCUACUGUGCCAGGUCUUGACCAGGGGUGCCAUGUCCUCUCUACAGUUCAGCACAUAAAUACACACAUACACAAACUCUUGGUCAUCUUCCUAUGAUUACAGCAGUGAUAUGCUGAACAGGUUAGUUCUCAGGAAUACAAUGGGCCUUGGAAGCUAGAUGUGGACCCAUUGAUGUAGAUUCAAAUCCAGAUCUAGAUAGAGAUGUGCACACAGUGUCUGGAUGAAAAGGAGCAUCAUGAUUAUACUGGCUGUUCUGUUGAGACCUAAAGGAUCAAAACAAGCCCUCAAGGGAGGAUUGUUCAAAUCUGAUUUUGGUGAGUGAUAUCUGAACAUUUCUCUGCAAACAACAGCCUGGUCACUUGAUGUAAAUCAGAACAUAUUGUACUGUACAUUUCAAAAGCGAAUGUGUCUUUGUACCUGCGGUUACUGCAGAGUUCAAAUCUCUUCUUUCAUAUCUCAAAUGUUUAUGGAUCUGAGAUUGAUAAAUUGGUGCUUGAAGGCUCCUUGGAUUAUCUCUCUUUCUCUCUUGCUUUCUCUAUCCCUCUCUCUUUUAUUUUGUACUGCCGACACUUUGUUUCUCUCUUGGGACUUUGAUCUAAGCUGAAUGUUGUCAACCAAGAGAAAACAUGCAUUUCUAAGCAUGUAUCCCUCAUUAAGAUGUAGGAUCAUUUCUUCAUGGAGACAAUUGUGUGAUAUGAUUAGACUGGAUCUGGACAAAGCCCAACAAGCACAUGACUGUGUUAGUCAACUUGGUAUAAAUGGAUUUCUGGGGUUGGUCAACUUCACUGGAUCAGCUGGCUGCUCUAGACGUCUGGAAAAAUGGCAAGAACUUUCACUGGGAAAUAGAGGAGAUAAAGCUACUGAUGAUCAAACCUCUGUAUCAGUCACCACUUGCUCAACAAAAGACUGCUACAAGCUAUCAUUUCUUUAUUGUUUACUUGCGUUUGCCUCAAAGAUUCAUACUUAGGUUUGUAAUAUCCCAAGGCUUUUUAAAAACUUAAAGGAUGCAGUUGUUGAUCAAAUAAUGUCCAUGUUGUUCAGUCUAGGGGUCUCAUGCUCUUUGGAUGAGUGGUAUUCUAGACAGGUGAUGUUUAAAUGAUGCUCAUACUAAUGAGUGAUGAGUCUCCAAUAUCCAAAAAUAUUCACCUUUUCUGAAACAAUGAACUAACUAAACUGCAUUGAGAUUCUUUCCUUUAGAUGCGGUCACACAAGGCUUUGAGCAUGCACAAAGUACUUAAGUUCAGACCAUGCAAUGAAUAUCAGCAACAAAAUAUCUCACAAUCUAGGGCUUUUGAUUAAUAAAUAAUGAAUUACAAAUAUCAAAUAAUAAUAAAUUAUCUAUAUAUAUCUAUGUAUAUGUAUGUAAAUAUAAAUGUAUAGAAAUACUUAAAUUCAAAAAUAUAUUCUCUGUAUAUCUGCCUACUCCAUUUUCCUACUGCUCCACUUUCCUUCAACACUUUAAACCAUGCAGCUUUUAAUUUUGUAUUCUUUGCAUUGGGCCAAGAAGUUAAUCAGUGACAUUUACAACCUCUUUUGGUCAAAUGUUUUGCUACAAGUAUUUGCAGGUCAGAAUUCGCCAAACUUGAACUUUGGUAUGUAGUGAAAGAUGAAAUUUCUUCGCAUAUUCAUGCGGUUCUGCUCUCCGCGUUCGAAUAAGUUUGAAUGAAAGUGAAUGGAGCACAAAGUCUAGUGUAACCGCACCUUAAGUGAUACUUUGCAAGCCUUUCCAAGUUGUUUUAAUUUGGUCGUUACCAUUACCUUAUAAUUCCUCUUCCUUUCUUCUAUUAUUUUACUGCCUGAAAACACCAAGCUGAUGCCUUCAGUUGUUUUAUGAGGGGUAAAUAUGUGGGGGAGUUCAAGCAAUUCUUUCUCUCUUAUCGGCUUUCCUACUCGGUGUGGACAGUUCUUUUGUGCUACUAACGAUUCUUUCAGUUCAGCACAGAAGUCAUUAAUUGAGAGCCACAAGCCUUUUUUUAAGUACACAUUUUUUGCAUCUUUAUUUCUUUCUGCCUUUCAGACUCACCAACCCAUUUCAUCUCUGUGCGUGCAUUUGUAUGCUUGUUGCAUUGUCUUAACUGCUGACCCAAGCUGAAAACACUUUUGUCGCUUACAUUGCCUUCCUUCAAGAUGUCUUAAGUACUUCACUACUCUUGAGUACUGCUACCUGUCGGUUGUAAGUACAUCACUGCAGCCAUCACUAUUGGAUAACUGUACAUUCACCAUAAGGUGAAAUAAUGCCCUGCUUGUCUGCCAAAACAUACCUGACACAGUUUUUCAUCUCCUAUUGAUUUUCCUCUAUUAAUAGACUUAAAGAUGAAGCAGAGCCCAUAUUCUGAUUUAUUUUUCGAAAGAUGGAAGCCCUUUAAUGAGCAAAGUCCACUGCUUUCGCAUAGUCAAGUAUAUUCAAAAAUAUUCAUUGAUAAUAUUCAGAAAUAUUCCUUUUAGUUGUGGCUUGCAUUUGAAAUGCUGAGAGCAGUGUUGUAGAACGCAGUGUGAGUCUUAAACCUUUAACUUUUGAAUGAGAUUUUUAGCCAGUCUCCAAAUUAAAAAGAUAUUUUGCUCAUUCCAGAAUGUCUUUGCAAAAAAAAAAAAAAAAUCUGUUUUAUUCUGUGAGAUGAUAUUUUUUCCUUUAUGAGUUCUUAUAUCAAGGCACAAAUUGAAAAUGGAAUUGCUCUCCAUUUUUGUUUCGUGGCCUCCCACACUGUUGCAUGCUACCAAUCGGGUCUUACCCAGCAUGCAAUAUAAUGACAGUUUUUGAUUCUAGUGAUGCCAUGUGUUUGAAUUGUGUGGAUUCUGUAAAUAUGGUACUUACUAGGAAGGACAAUGAUGAAAUUAAGCCAUCUGUCAUAUUUUGAAAGUUACUCUGGUGAUACAGUCAAGAAAUGUAUUUGAAGGGAUGUUCCGGUUUUGAUACAAGUCAAGCUCAGUUGACAACAUUUGUGCCAUAAUGUUGAUUAGCACAAAAAAUACUGUAAUUUCGGCUUGUUCCUCGUUUAUAUAUAUAUAUAUAUAUAUAUAUAUAUAUAUAUAUAUAUAUAUAUAUAUAUAUAUAAAUUGUGACAUAGUUCAUAACAUACCUUAAUUGGAUCUUAAACAAUUGACAUCUGCAAGUAUAUAUAUAUAUAUAUAUACACUGGUGGCUAAAAUUUUGGAAUAAUGUACAGAUUUUGCUGUUUCGGAAGGAAAUUUCACCAAAGUGGCAUUCAACUGAUUACAAAGUAUAGUUAGGACACUAGUGAUGUAAAAACAGCACCAUCACUGUUUGAAAAAAAUACAUUUUUGAUCAAAUCUAGAUAGGCCCAUUUCCAGCAGCCAUCACUCCAACACCUUAUCCUUGAGUGAUCAUGCUAAAUUGCUAAUUUGGUACUAGAAAAUCACUUGCCAUUAUAUCAAACACAGUUGAAUGCUAUUUGGUUCAUUAAAUUAAGCUUAACAUUGUGUUUGUUUUUGAGUUGUCACAGUAUGUAAUAGACUGGCAUGUCUUAUGGUCAAUAUUAGGUUGACCACAAAAAUGGCAAAAAAGAAACCGCUUUCUCUAGAAACUCAUCUGUCAAUCAUUGUUUUGAGGAAUGAAGACUAUAUAAUGCUUGAAAUUGCCAAAAAACUGAAAAUUUCAUACAAAGUUGUACACUACAGUCUUCAAAGACAAAGGGCAACUGGCUCUAACAAGGACAGAAAGAGAUGUGGAAGGCCAGAUGUACAACUAAACAAGAGGAUAAGUACAUCAGAGUUUAUAGUUUGAGAAAUAGAUGCCUCACAUGUCCUCAGCUGACAGCUUCAUUGAAUUCUACCCAUUCAACACCAGUUUUGUGUACAACAGUAAAGAGAAAACUCAGGGGUGCAGGCAGAAUUGGGAAGAAUUACAAGGAAAAGGCACUUUAAACAGAAAAUCAAAAAUAAAAGGUUAGAGUGUGCAAAGAAACUCAGACAUUGGACAAUAGAUAAUUGGAAAAGAGUGUUAUGGAUCUUAACCCCUUUGAGCUUUUGUGGGAUCAGCGAGACUGUAAGGUGCGUGAGAAGUGCCCAACAAGACAGCGACAUCUAUGGCAAGUGCUACAGGAAGCAUGGGGUGAAAUGUCACUUGAGUAUCUGCACAAACUGACAGCUAGAAUACCAAGGAUUUGCAAAGCUGUCAUUGCUGCACGUGGAGGAUUGUUUUGAUGAGAACACUUUGUAGUUUAAGAAGUUCUGAAAUUUUUUUUCAAAUUCUAAUAGUAAUUUUUCAUGUUAUUAAUGUCCUGACUGUACAUUGUGAUCAGUUGAAUGCCACAUUGGUGAAUAAAAGUACCAGUUUCUUUCCAUAAGAGCAAAAUCUGUACAUUAUUCCAAACUUUUGGCUGCCAGUGUGUAUAUAUAUAUAUAUAUAUAUAUAUAUAUAUAUAUAUAUAUAUAUAUAUAUAUAUA